GUAUUAAUAUUUUCCUUUCGCAACUGAUGCUCAUAAACAAUGACAAAAUGGUUGACUAAUUUCUUUAGUACAUUUCGCGAUGCACAAAUAUUGUAAAUAUGGUUUAAUUCCUGCAUUAAUUCUCUUUUUAAUUAUAAAUUUUGUCAUCUACUUUCCUUUCGGCGAUAAAAAAUCAACAAGUAAACAACAUCUUUAUGAGAAUCCAACCGAAAUUGUUACAGUCAGCGUUUUUUACGAAGCUUUAUGUUCAGAUUCGAAGAACUUUAUCGUUAAUCAACUAAAACAUGUGUAUGAAGAUCUUAGAAAAAAUAUAAAUUUGGAUUUAGUACCAUAUGGGAAAGCACAGACGAUUGAAGAAGAUGGACAAAUUAGCUUUAUUUGUCAACAUGGAAAAACCGAAUGUAUAGGUAAUAAAAUUCACGCUUGUGUCUUGCAUUUGAUCUUAGAUCAAGGAGACCAACUAAAAUAUGUGGCUUGUAUGAUUUCCGAUAAUGUUGUUCCCUUUAUGGCACUAGAAAAAUGUGGGAAAGAAGUAGGAAUUGAUUAUAACCCAAUGAUUGAAUGUGCUAAUGGUAAUUUAGGAUCCCAAUUGUUAAAAACGUAUGGUGAAAGAACUCAUGCCGUUAAACCAAAAAUUGAUUUUAUCCCAACCGUUCAAUUCAAUGGUUCUUUAGAUGUUCCAUUAGCGCAAGUUCUUAAGCAUUUUCGUAAAGAACUUUGUGCAUUAUAUAAAAAUCCUCCUAAAGGCUGUUUGUGAGAUACUAUUUAUUAAGUUCUAAAAAACGUAAUUUUAAUUGAAAAUAAAAUUAAAGUAAGUUUCGAAAUUUU